UAGUUUAUUAAAGGAUCGAUCACUCUUAAGGGGUUUAAAGCCCUUGCAAGAGCGGCAACGCUUGAAAUCAGAUUGUGGGAGCCAAUCGUGAUAGGAAUCGGUUUCUGUCUGAAAAUGGGAGAAGAGGGCUCUGCAAUUGCAAAAGAUAUUACUGAAUUGAUUGGUAAAACGCCUUUAGUUUAUCUUAAUAAUGUCACAGAUGGUUGUGUUGCCCGUGUUGCUGCUAAACUGGAGGGGAUGGAGCCCUGCUCCAGCGUCAAAGACAGGAUUGGGUACAGCAUGAUCUCAGAUGCUGAAGAGAAGGGUCUUAUUACUCCUGGACAGAGUGUGUUGAUAGAGCCUACUAGUGGCAACACCGGCAUAGGGCUGGCCUUUGUUGCUGCUGCUAAGGGUUAUCGACUCAUCGUCACCAUGCCCACUACUAUGAGCCUUGAGAGGAGGAUAAUCUUGCGAGCUUUUGGGGCUGAAUUAUUCCUCACAGAUCCUGCAAGAGGGGUGAAAGGUUGUAUUCAAAAGGCGGUAGAUCUAUCAAAGAAGAUACCCAACUCUUACAUUCUUCAGCAGUUUGAAAAUCCUGCUAACCCUAAGAUCCAUUAUGAGACCACUGGACCUGAGAUCUGGAAAGGUUCUGGUGGAAAAAUUGAGGCUUUUGUUUGUGGAAUUGGAACCGGGGGCACAAUUACUGGUGCAGGGCAUUACCUGAAGGAGCAAAAUCCUGAAAUCAAGGUCUAUGGUGUCGAGCCAGUUGAAAGUGCUGUUCUGUCAGGAGGAAAGCCUGGUACUCAUAAAAUUCAAGGAAUUGGUACCGGUAUUAUUCCUAAGGUUUUGGAUGUCGAUAUCUUGGAUGAGGUCUUACAGGUCUCAAGUGAUGAAGCAGUUGAAAUGGCCAAGCAGCUUGCUCUAAAAGAAGGAUUGUUGGUGGGUAUAUCAUCAGGGGCUGCUGCUGCUGCUGCAAUCAAGCUUGGAAAGAGGCCAGAGUAUGCUGGGAAGCUCAUUGUCGUUUUGUUCCCCAGUUUUGGGGAGAGGUACUUGUCAACGGUGUUGUUCGAUUCCAUCAAAAAAGAGUGCGAAGGCAUGACUUUCGAGUUGUGAAUGCUGAGAAAUCUCUUGCUGCCUGCAUUUUUCUAUUUUCUGUUUUUGGAAUAAUAUGAGCACCCUCUCUAAUGAAAUCACCAAGGACUGAUAUAUAUACAUGUAGACAGGCUGAAAUGAGCAGGCAAAAGAGAGGUUAUAAAGUAGUUUUUUCUUGUGUUUUUUGGUUUGGUACUCAAUGCUUGUUUCAAUGAAGUUGUUGGAAUUAGAAAAUGCUCUUGAUUUGGUAGUGAUGAUUGUUCGGUGGGACAAGGAAAAUAUUCUUUGAAUAUCCUCUUGUGUGUGUGGCUUUAUGUUGGAUGAUUAAUGCUGAAGAACCUGUGUGUGUGGUCAUA